AUGCCUGGAUGUUCACCACAAUGUAUCCAGAAUCAUCCGGGUAGUAUCGUACCAAUUCCACAACCCUUACCUAGACCGCAACAAUGCAUUCCUGGUUGCAUGCCUGCAUGCUCUCCACAGUGCAUACAACAAAACUGCGGCGGCCCAUCCUGCCACCCAAAUUGUCCAUCGCCUUGUCCGGGCCCAUCACCAGUCCCCGUUAUUCCACCAACACCAGUGAUUCCUCCCAGUCCAGUCUAUCCACCAGUGCCCGUGAUUCCACCUCAAUGCACCUCCAGAUGUAUGCCAUACUGCCAGCCCAACUGUCUGCAACAGGCUUGUCCUACUGCAUGUCAACCGAUGUGUUCAUCGCAAUGCAUCCAGCAGCAACGUGAACAAAUCAUUGUUGUUCCACAUCCAAAUACAAAUCAAUUACAGUGA